AUGUUAAAAGAUUCUGGCCUACUAGGUUCCCUGGAGCUUCACGCCCAUAAUCCAGAUGGGCAACUCCUUUGCUUGUAUGGAGACCCAGCUUAUCCACUUCGCCCACAGUUAAUGGCCCCCUACCGUGUUGGUGAUGUGCAAGUAUUAACAGAGGAUAUGAAAGAAUUUAAUCGAGCAAUGAGCUCCUUCCGAGUUUCUGUGGAAUGGUUGUUUGGUGAUGUUGCAAACAGUUUUAAAUUUAUUGAUUUUAAGAAAAAUUUAAAAUUACGGCUUAGUGCAGUUGGCAAAUUUUAUGUUGUUGCUGCAUUGAUGAGAAACAUAUUAACAUGUCUCUAUGGGAAUACUACUUCAAAGUACUUUCACAUUGAUCCACCGACCAUCGACUCUCACUUAGGGGUGCAUAAUUAG